GAGCUCGAAGGUCUCUACGAGUCUUCUCUAUAUCUUUGAGGUACUCUGCAUCGAUGCUCAUUGCCAUUGCAAGACUUUCCAAGAGCAAGUACAAGAAUUCAAGUACUAGGAUUGAGCAAUGUCUAUAUUUUAAAGAAGGGUCUAUGGAGAAGUAUGUUUUGUCAGCUGGAGAAAGCAAAGUAUGUUUUGGAAGAAGCCUUAUCCUAAUCUUAGCAAAGUAUAUUCACAUUUUUACUAUUUAUCCAACUAGUUAUCUUUGCAUGUUUGUUGUUGACAUAUAUAUAUAUAUAUAGAUUAUAUAUUUAGACUGUUUCUUAUGCAUGUGCAUGACGUAAGAAUGUCGGAGAUGAAGUUCAUUAUGUGCACGAUAGCCUACAUUUUAGUACUAAACAAGACACAUGACCAACAUUAUGAUGUUCCAUUAGAGAAAUGUCUUGUUGACGCAUUGCAUAUGAAUCAUGAUAAUUUUUUUUAUAGAAAAGUGUCUAAAAUACUAAAAACCAAAACCAAUCAAACAUAACAACAAAAACCGUUAAUAUGUUUUUAAAAGAAGAAAAGAAAAAGGAGGCAAAAGAAUCGGGGGGAGGUUGGUGGCAGAGAUGAUGCCAUUACAUACCAUCCCUUAGAGAACGCUUCAAUGGCAAUUAUUUGAGGCCAUCACUUUCUACUUCGUCUUCUCUUUCUCUCUGUUGAUCCAAUUCAUCGUCCUCACGUUUUGUUAACACACAACAUUCACCUUCUUCUUCUUCCUCCUCCUCCUUUGAUCAAUCACGUCUUUUGUGUUUAUUUCUCACAUUUUUUUUUGUUUUCUGACAUUUAUUUAGUUUUUUUUUUGUUUUUGUUUGUGCGGGAGAUGGUUCAUUGAAUCUAGAUGGUAGAAUAUUCAUAGGAAUUGGUUUCAUAUAGAGGAGUUCUCUAGGUUCCUCAGGUAUAGAUCUGAGGUUUGAUUAUUUCUUUUUGUGUGUGUGUGUGUGUAUUUGUAUCGGCAAUGAGCGCAUCAAGGUUCAUAAAGUGCGUCACCGUUGGAGAUGGAGCUGUUGGCAAAACAUGUUUGCUCAUUUCUUACACCAGCAACACCUUUCCCACGGACUAUGUCCCGACUGUUUUCGAUAACUUUAGUGCCAAUGUGGUUGUGAAUGGAGCCACGGUCAAUCUUGGAUUGUGGGAUACUGCAGGUAAAAUGAAUGAUCACUCAUUUCAUCAUUUGAGCUUGUGCAGCUGUGGAUUUACUAUCAAAUAUUAUUACAUUGUUUUAACAGGGCAGGAAGACUAUAACAGAUUAAGACCAUUGAGUUACCGUGGUGCUGAUGUUUUCAUUCUAGCCUUCUCUCUCAUCAGCAAGGCUAGUUAUGAGAAUGUCUCCAAGAAGUGGAUCCCUGAGUUGCAGCACUAUGCUCCUGGUGUCCCCAUCGUCCUUGUUGGUACCAAACUAGAUCUUCGGGAUGACAAACAGUUCUUCAUCGACCAUCCUGGUGCUGUCCCUAUUACCACUGCUCAGGGAGAGGAGCUCAAGAAGCUAAUUGAAGCGCCUGCUUACAUUGAAUGCAGUUCAAAAUCACAAGAGAACGUGAAGGGAGUCUUCGAUGCAACGAUCAGAGUGGUCCUUCAACCUCCAAAGCAGAAGAAAAAGAAGAGCAAGGCGCAAAAAGCUUGCUCCAUUUUGUAAUAGCUUUCAUGGGAGAGGCUCUUUGAUGACAGGGGUCUCGUUACAUUAUGUAUUUGCUUUUUCAUUAUUUUUUUUGUUUUCUUCACUCUUUUCUUCGUGAUUGCUGUCUCUCUUAUAAAAGUCGAAUUAUGGGAUUAAUUUAACUUCACUCAUAGUUGAGAGAUCUAAUAUUUGCACUAGCAAUCUCUCUUCCAUGAUUCUAGUUGGUUUAUUCAAGUAUGUAAUCCCACUUGUCAUGAGAACAAAAAAAAAAGAGUUUUAA